CGGAUGCUCGUAACUAUAACAUAUCUCUGGUAUGGAGGAAGAGUAUGAUGUCAUCGUGUUGGGUACAGGACUCAAGGAGUGCGUGCUGUCCGGAAUAAUGUCAGUGAACGGCAGGAAGGUUUUACACAUCGAUCGGAAUGAUUAUUACGGAGGGGAAAGUGCAUCCAUCACUCCGCUGGAAGAGUUGUAUCGAAGGUUUAAUGUUAUUGGACCCCCAGAACCAAUGGGCAGAGGAAGAGAAUGGAAUGUGGAUCUUAUUCCAAAGUUUCUCAUGGCCAAUGGGCAGCUGGUGAAGAUGCUCCUCUACACAGAAGUGACCCGCUAUAUGGAUUUCAAAGUGGUAGACGGAAGUUAUGUUUAUAAGUCUGGGAAGAUUCACAAAGUCCCGUGUACGGAGGAGGAAGCUUUGGCUUCUGACCUAAUGGGCAUGUUUGAAAAGAGGCGUUUCCGAAAAUUUUUACUUUUCGUGGUAAACUUCAAUGAGCACCAGGCAAAGACCCACCAAGACAUAGACCCUAAGAAGAUGACCAUGCGGGAAGUCUACAGAAGGUUUGACCUUGGCCCAGAUGUGAUGGCUUUUACUGGUCAUGCUCUUGCCUUGUACAGAACAGAUGACUACUUGGACUUACCGUGCUUGGAGACCAUAAAUCGGAUCAAACUGUAUUGUGAAUCUCUGGCUAAGUACAGUAAGAGCCCCUACUUAUACCCACUGUAUGGGCUCGGAGAGCUACCUCAGGGAUUUGCAAGGCUGAGUGCUCUGUAUGGUGGGGUCUACAUGCUCAACAAGCCAGUGGAUGAGAUCCUCAUGAAAAAUGGACGUGUAGUUGGCGUGAGGUCCGAGGGAGAGAUCGCUCACUGUAAGCAGCUCAUCUGUGACCCCAGCUAUGUUCCGGACCAAGUGAAGAAGACUGGGCAAGUAAUAAGAGUGAUCUGCAUCCUCAGCCAUCCCAUCAGGAACACCAACGAGUGCACAUCUUGCCAAAUCAUCAUCCCACAGACACAGGUCAAAAGAAAAUCAGAUAUCUAUGUCUGUAUGGUCUCCUGUUCGCACUGCGUGGCAUCAGAUGGGAAGUACGUCGCUAUAAUUAGCACAACUGUAGAAACUGAGAAUCCAGAGAAAGAGAUCCAGCCAGCUCUCGAACUCCUGGAACCGGUUGACCAAAAAUUUGUAACGAUAACUGACCAGUACAUCCCAAAACACGAUGGAACAAAGAACCAGAUCUUCAUUUCACGAUCAUAUGACGCAACCACUCACUUCGAGACAACCUGCGAUGACAUUAAAGACAUCUUUCAAAGAAUGACAGGAGCCACUCUGAACUUCAAAGAAAUGUGGAACGCGCACUCAGAAUCAGAAAUGUACGGACGAGAAGCCAACUGACUUUACCCCCCAACCAACCAAUUAUUCGUAUAUUUAUUUCAUUCCACUGCCUUUACUGCACCUUGUUUUAUGCAGCUGUUCUUUGUUUUAUCUUCAAACCUUUCAUUUUCUUUAGAUAGUAACCAUUUAGGGUUUUUUUUUUCACCGGAGACUGUGACAAAUAAAAAUAUGUU